GCAAUUUUUUUCAAGUGAUUUCUUUGCAUUUCGCCCAAGAUCAUCAAGAAAAUGUUAAAUAACAUUAGGAAACAAUUUAAUUAUGAUAAAUCAAGAUUCUCUUCAAUUUGCCCUUAAUGCUGUGUCCAAUACUGUCCAUAAUUCAAUAAAUCGGAAAAAUUACAAACAACAAUUAAGUGAACUUCAAAAGAGUUAUUCGCGGAUGAUUUAUAUUUUAGAUCAAUCCAGUGAUACCAGCCUGAUUAAAUUAGCCUCUGAAAAGUGACCAUUUUGGAGAUCCUUUUUAAUUUGACGAGAAAUUAUACUAUAUUAUGGAUAAACACAGAUGAUGCCGAUUAGUAUUAUGCUGAUCUUUUACUAGGAAUAUUAUACAAGCUUUGAUCUCAACACUGAUUGAAAUUCACAAUCUUUUGAAGUGAAAUUUUUAUUUAAAUAUGUGGAACGUGAUGUGCGAUGUUAUGCCAACUAUCGCUGAAGAUUCAACUUCACAACGCAAUCUUUUUGCCGGAGAUGAAAACAAUUUCGAACAGCUCAUGUUUAAUAUGCUUGAUGAAAGAGACAAGCUUGUGGAAACUUUAAGAGCAACUCAAGUUCAGUUAGAUGAAACUCGUAAUAAAUUACAUGAAACUGAAAAGGAGAAAGAAUCUCUUAUCAAACAACUAAAUGCCAAUCUACCACAAGAAUUCGCUAGUUUAACUAGGGAAUUAAAUCAAGCCAGAGAACAACUUGAAGAAGCUAACGAAGAAAUUUCAGAAUUGAAAGCUGAAAGAAAUAAUACGAGGCUACUUCUCGAGCAUUUGGAAUGUUUAGUAUCCAGACAUGAAAGGUCUCUUCGCAUGACAGUCGUCAAAAGACAGGCCCAAUCUCCUAGUGGUGUGUCUUCCGAGGUUGAAGUGCUAAAAGCUUUAAAGUCUUUGUUCGAGCAUCACAAAGCACUAGAUGAAAAAGUUAGAGAGAAAUUGCGAAUUUCAUUGGAUCGUAUCAAUCAGCUUGAAGAUGAACUCGCUAAAUCUCAUGAUGAAAUCGGAAAAUUGAAAUCCGAGAAAAAUAAUUCAAAGGAGGACCAAAAUGAUAAAGUUUCCAAUGGACCAGUCAAUGAAGAAACUAAGCAAAGUCGGUCAAGCUUAGAUGAAAGUGAGAUAAAUGAGAUGAAAUCUCUUCUAGAGAAACAAUCUUGUGACCUUUUAAAAUCUCGCACCCAAAUAAGUGAUUUGACUAAUAAGUUAAAAGAAAUGGAAGAAACCAUGAAGUUAGCAGAACAACAACAGAUACUAAUGAAAGAGGAGAACUUGAAACUGAGGGAAACUCUUCGGGAAAAUAAUGCCCAAAAAGAAGACCAAGAAGAAAGAAUAUCAACCCUUGAGAAAAGAUAUCUCAAUGCUCAAAGGGAAUCCACUUCGUUACAUGAUCUCAAUGAAAAGCUGGAACAUGAGUUAGCGAACAAGGACGCUCAACUUAAACUUGCCGAAGAAAGAAUAAAUGCAUUAACUGAGCGAUUAGAAUUAGCUGAACAAAAAUUAUCACAAUUGGAAUUCAAUAGAAAACAAGAAGCUUUAAUAAAAGAAGCUAAAGAAGAAUCUGACUCCGAAGAACAAGAAAGGCAGAUGACUAUAGAGGAACGAAUCACCCGAUUGAAACAACAGGUCGAAGAAAAAUCAGAUGAAUUGCUGAGAGCAGGCCAAAGAGAAAAAAUGAACAAGGAACACAACCAAAAACUUGAAGCUACUGUUGAUAAACUUUUAGCUGAAUCUAAUGAAAGACUUCAAUUGCAUUUAAAAGAACGAAUUGCUGCCUUAGAAGAAAAAAGCACUUUACAACAAGAAUUAGAUAGAAUCCGUCGUUUGCUUGACGAAACGCAAACUGAGAAAGAAAAAAUAUUACUUGAUUCAGCUAAACUGAGAGCAGAAAUGGAUUCUAUGAGACAAGAUGUUCAAAAUUAUAGAGCUGAAUCUAUUCAAGUCGCUUUGGCUGCAGCAAUAUCACGGAAUCAAAAGAAAAGCGUUCCCAAUCUUUAUCGGGAUAGUGAAUGGAAUAAAAUGGAUCAUGCAUCUAGUAUUAAUCAAUCAAGAUUUGAUUCUUCGGAUACUGAUUGUAGUCAGACUGAUGGAAACGAUAAUGACAGUUUAUUUGGACCAAUUGAUAAUGUUCUUUUAUCUCCAUCUGGCCAUUCCAAUGCACAAACUUUAGCCAUGAUGCUUCAGGAACAACUUGAUGUGAUUAAUAAUGAAAUUCGUUUGAUCCAAGAGGAGAAACAAAGUUCAGAAUACAGAGCUGAAGAGUUGGGAUCACAACUUGAAAGUCUUGAUUCUUCUAUGAGUUUACUCUCUCGUGAACGUCCCUAUGAACAAUCUCAUCUUAUUGGUAUUUCACCGCCCCAAAGUGGUCGUUCAUCUCCUAGGUCAUCUCGAGUCAGCCCAUCUAUAGACUAUCUAUCUAUUUAUAAUCCGGAAUUCAAUGCAUCUUGUAACAAUGCUAGUCCAUCUACUACUAGAGCUAUUCGUUUACAACAUGAACAACAAGCCCUGAAUGAAAUUAAACAAGGUCCCAAUCCUAUUUCCUCUUAUGGCAUUAAUGUUCCUCCUGAUAUUUUACCUAGACAAAACCCAUCCGACCUUGAUGAAUAUCAACAUUAUCAAGCCAAUCAACCAUGUUCAACGACUUCUUCUAUGGAUUCGUUAAGUAAAAGGUUAUAUCCACCAAAUCAUUAUCAAGUUGGACAGCAAUCCCCGCAACAGCAGCAUCCGAUGUAUCCAUAUUAUGUUUCCUCACCGAUUCCUCCUCAAAAAAAGAAAGGAAUAAAGUCUACCCUUGUGGGUAAACUAUUUAGCAGCUCAAAGAGAGAUAAAUUAAAAUAUCAGCAACAAUUUUAUAUGGGCAACUACCCAAUCGAUUCUAGUGAUUACAUUACCAUGAUGGACCCAGGUUCAUCACAAAGCCUUGUCGCUUCUGGGGGUGUUCCUCCCUCUCCAUCUUUAGGCUCAAAAGAUUUUGACCGGCGUACACGCAAGAAAAAUGAACUCCUUGCCGAAGCGAUUAAAGCAGGAACACCUUUCGCUUUAUGGAACGGACCUACAAUUGUUGCCUGGCUAGAGCUUUGGGUAGGAAUGCCUACCUGGUAUGUAGCUGCUUGCCGAGCUAACGUGAAAUCAGGAGCCAUCAUGUCUGCACUAUCAGAUACUGAGAUCCAACGUGAAAUUGGAAUCAGCAAUCCAUUACAUCGUCUUAAACUUAGAUUAGCUAUUCAAGAAAUGGUAGCUUUAACGUCUCCUUCAACCCCUAAAAAUAUUAACACUAGUCUUGCAUUUGGAGAAAUGAAUCAUGAAUGGAUUGGAAAUGAAUGGUUACCAUCUUUAGGUUUAUCUCAAUAUCGUUCAACAUUCAUGGAGUGUUUAGUGGACGCUAGAAUGUUAGAACAUCUAACCAAAAAGGAUCUACGUGUUCAUCUCAAAAUGUUAGAUGCAUUUCACAGAAAUAGCCUUCAAUUUGGCAUUAAUUGUCUAAAAAGGCUUAAUUAUGAUAAAAGAGCUUUAGAAGAAAGGCGUAGAAACUGUGAAAAUGAUAUUAUAGAUGUUCUUGUUUGGUCCAAUGAAAGAGUCAUCAAAUGGGUUAAUAACAUUAAUUUAAGAGAAUAUUCCAUUAAUCUAAUCGAGUCUGGUGUCCAUGGAGCUCUUAUUGCUUUGGAUGAAAAUUUUGAUGCCGCUCAAAUGGCCUUAUUCCUCCAGAUUCCAGUUCAAAAUGUACAGACGAGACAAAUUCUUGAGAAUGAAUUCAAUGAGCUUUUACUGAAGGGAACUGACCGUCGGCGAAAUCAAGUGGGUAUAGAAUGGAGCCAUUGUGUGGAUAUCAGCUCUAAUGGCUAUCUUAACAGGUCAUAGAUAAUCCAAGUCCCACACCAUCGUCCCGGGCAAGAGAUAGACUGGUUUGAGGAGGACGAUAAACCGCUGGAAAGAAGAGGACGUUGUAAUCAUUGUAAUUAAUCGUGUUUGCCAAGUAUGUUUUUAACAGAUGUAUUAAUCACUUUGGUGACUUGUUGGUUUUAUAACGGAUUCCUUGAAUAAAUCUUUAAGGAAUAAAUACUCUACAGUGGUUCAGAUUCUGAAGACUCCAUUUUAUCAAUAAACCAGGAGAGUGAAAAGAACUUCAUUCGUGUUUCGUUCGUAAUCUCAAAGUUGCUUUUACUGCAUGCGAAGCGUCAGAUUAACAUCUUGAUGAACCUUCACUUAUGACAACAUUAAUAAAUUUGACUCAAAUUCAGUCUGUAAUAUUCUCGAGAAGUUGCUGCAGAAGGUUCGUAGGAAUCAUCUGAAGAAGUCGGGUUGCAUUUAAAAUGAUCGAAUUGAAUCUUGGAACACUCGAAUUACAUAAGGUUCAUUCAGCAUGCAACAUUCCGAGCUAUCUGAGCUUUGCAUGAGCUCUGAAGUACAUAGUAAAGACAGUGGAGCAAAUAUAAUGGACUCAGAUCACAUUAAUGCAUUGGACAUGGCACUCACAAUUUGAUGGCUGUUGGUAGCUUAAAGAAAGGGGACAAUCUAAUGCAAUUAUUUGAAAGAAUGUUGGAAUCUACACAGCGCUUCGAUUCAAGAAUUUGAGUCAAAAUGAAUUAAGUUUCAUAAUUCUGGAUCAUUUCAGCCAGAAUCGAUCCUUCAAAAUACAGAUUGAUGCAAACAAAAUUUCACAAAACAUGAAUUACUCAAUUGUAUUCCACUAGUCAAAAGUAAUGAAAAAAUUGUAAUAAUUUUAAGUUCAAAUAGAAUAUUCAAUCUAUUUAAUGAUAAAUUUUGACAACAAUA